AUGACUUCAAUCCAACUUGAGACCCCGUCCACGGGCAAGUACGAGCAGCCCACCGGUCUGUUCAUCAACAACGAGUUCGUCAAGGGUGUUGACGGCAAGACUUUCGAGGUCAUCAACCCCUCCAACGAGAAGGUCAUCUGCUCGGUUCACGAGGCCAGCGAGAAGGAUGUCGACAUUGCUGUCGCAGCUGCCCGCAAGGCUUUCGAGGGUGACUGGCGCAAGGCCACUCCCUGUGACCGUGGCAAGCUCCUGAACAAGCUCGCCGACCUCUUCGAUGAGCACUCGGACCAGCUAGCCGCUAUCGAGUCUCUCGACAACGGCAAGGCCUUCACAAUGGCCAAGGGUGAUGUUGCUGCCGCUUCCGGCUGCUUAAGAUACUACGGUGGCUGGGCGGACAAGAUCGAGGGAGNNCCCAUUGGUGUUUGUGGUCAAAUCAUUCCCUGGAACUUCCCCCUCCUCAUGUGGGCAUGGAAGAUCGGUCCCGCCAUUGCUUGCGGUAACACCGUCGUCCUCAAGACCGCCGAACAGACUCCUCUCUCCGGUCUUUACGCUGCCAACCUGUGCAAGCAAGCUGGCUUCCCUCCCGGUAUCGUCAACGUCAUCUCUGGUUUCGGAAAGAUUGCUGGUGCCGCCAUUGCCUCGCACAUGGACGUUGACAAGGUUGCCUUCACCGGCUCCACCCUCGUCGGAAGACAAAUCAUGAAGGCCGCUGCUGGCAGCAACCUGAAGAAGGUCACCCUCGAGCUCGGUGGCAAGUCUCCCAACAUUGUCUUUGACGACGCCGACAUUGACAAUGCCAUCUCAUGGGUCAACUUUGGUAUCUUCUUCAACCACGGCCAGUGCUGCUGUGCCGGUUCGAGAGUCUACGUUCAGGAGGGCAUCUACGAGAAGUUUGUCCAACGCUUCAAGGAGCGCGCUCAGAAGAACGUUGUUGGUGACCCCUUCGCUGCCGACACCUUCCAGGGUCCUCAGGUCUCGCAACUCCAGUUCGACAGAAUCAUGGGUUACAUCGAGGCCGGUCANAAGGAGGGUGCCACCGUCGUCACCGGUGGCAAGCGCAAGGGUAACGAGGGUUACUUCAUCGAGCCCACCAUCUUCGCCGACGUCAAGGACGACAUGAGCAUCAUGCAAGAAGAGAUCUUCGGUCCCGUCUGCUCGAUUGCCAAGUUCAAGACCAAGGAAGACGCCAUCCGUGUCGGCAACAACACAACCUACGGUCUUGCCGCCGCCGUCCACACAUCCAACCUCAACACCGCCAUUGAGGUCUCCAAUGCCCUCAAGGCUGGUACUGUCUGGGUCAACAGCUACAACACCCUUCACUGGCAGCUUCCCUUCGGUGGCUUCAAGGCUUCGGUAUGUGUACCUCUUCACCCUUCUCAUAUGACGUGUAUGCUGACUGUGUUGCUUAGNGGUAUCGGUCGUGAGCUUGGUGAGGCUGCUCUGGACAACUACCUCCAGACCAAGACCGUCAGCAUCAGACUCGGCGAUGCCAUGUUCGGUUAA